AUGGUAAAUUUGGGUCGCUUUGAUAGACUUGCUCAAAAUCUGGUGAUGCCACGUAGAAGGAACUGGCGCAUGGCUGCGCCGAAGAUGGGGAACCAGAAUCGUGCCAGCAAUGACAAUAGACUCGUGGAUACUAGCCACGUAAAAAAUAGUACGAAAGACCCAACAAUUGACGCAACAGAUGACGGACCUUUUAGACUCGUGGAAGCUAGCCACGUAAAAAAUAGUGCUAAAGACUGGGGGGAUACUGCCUCCUUAAAAAGAGUACAAGAUUUGCCUUCGGGCACGAAUAACAGUGCAGAUUUGCCUUCGGGCACGAAUAACAGUGCAGAUUUGCCUUCGGGCACGAAUAACAUUGAAAAUUUGCCUUCGGGCGCCAGUAACAUUGAAAAGUUGCCUUCGGGUGUCAGUUUGCCUAUGGGCACUAGAUUAUUUGGAACAAUUAAUCAAGCAAAUAAUGUAUUUCCAUCUUUCUCUAGAGGAGUUCAGUGCACAUGCAAUGCUUUGAUGUCUAUCAUUUUGCAAAAUGCAUCCACUUCAUUAGAACUUGAUAAGGUGCUCUUUUCUGGGGAUGAGUUAUUUAGAGUUAGAAUUGCAGAAUUACAGUCAACUGUUCAGUUUGUUUCAAAAAUGCUUCAAUUUCAAGAACUUCCCAAGUCUGUCUAUGUGCAUGACAACCAGUAUGAAAUAAGCUAUUUUGAACAGAUUUAUGGAACUGUGACACAUGUAGAUUGGGAUCAGUCAUGUCAAAGUAAUAAUUUGAAGGAAGGUAUUGAGCUGCUCUUUACAAGGUAUAAUCAAGGAUUAAUUAUAGUCGGAGGAAUUUGCUCUGCAAUAUAUGUGGAUGACAAGAACUGUCCUGUAUUCUUUGAUUCACAUUCUCAUGGAGAGGACGGCCUUUCAUGUGCAGAUGGUAGAGCUAUUAAAAUCACUUUCAGUGAUAUUGAUCAACUUGUGGAUUACAUGUUUGCAUUUUAUCAAAGUUGUAAUAUUUCCAUGAUAAGCCAGAUUGAGAUUCAACCAGUGUUUGUAACACAAAAAACAAGUGUGCCCACUUCAGGAACUGAGAGGCUUUCCUUAAUUGACAAAUACUUUGACUUCCAAGAGAACAUGUCUAGAAAAUGUAACAUUUCUGAAUCAUCGCAAGGAAGUCGAAAUGACUAUAUGAGAAAUUAUAUGAGGAAAAGGAGGGAAAAUUCGCAGAUAAAACAGAGGGACAAAGAAAGCACUUUAAGAAGUAUGACCAAGGCAAGGCAAAGUACAGAAUUUAAAAAGAGAGAACUUGCUUCCCAAAGAACUGUUAGAGAAAAUCCUAAGACAAAGCUAAAGCUGAGAGAAAGUACUUUAAAAAGUAUGACCAAAGCAAGACAGAAUAAGGAAUUUAAAGAGAGAGAACUUGCUUCCAAACAAAGGGCCAGAGAAAAUCCUGAGACAAAGCAGAAGGAUAGAGAUAGUACUUUGAAAAGUAAAAACAAAGCUAGACAAAACAGAGAGUUUAAAGAAAAAGAGCUUGAUUGUAAAAGACGGGUCAGAGAAAAUCCUGAGAUAAAGCAGAAGGAUAGAGACAGUACUUUGAAAAGUAAAAACAAAGCUAGGCAAAACAGAGAGUUUAAAGAAAAAGAGCUUGAUUGUAAAAGAAGGGUCAGAAAAAAUCCAGAGGCAAAGGUCAAGGACAGAGAAAGUACCUCAAAAUGUAUGAACAAGCAAAGUAGAAAAAAUUACAGCGAAAAAGAAAAAGAGAGUGAUAGAGUUUCUAAAGCUAAAAGGAGGCUUGAUUCAGAAUUCACAGACCAUGAAAACAAUUUAAGUAAGAGAAGGUUUCAUGGUAAUUCUUUGGAAGAUUGCAUACAGAAAUUCCAUGAACAAGUGAAAAUUGGUCCACUUUAUGUGUGUACAUGUUGUCAUCAGACUUGGUUUUUGAAAAGCGUGGUCAAGCUCAAUACAACUAAUCUUAGUAGUAGCAGUAAAAGUAUUUGUACUGGCUUAAAAUCUGUGGAUGGCAUAGAAUGGCUAUGUUUAACCUGCUGUUCAGCUCUGAAGGAUGAAAAAAUUCCAAAACUUUCAGUUAAAAAUGGAAUGAAAUGGCCUGGUAAACCAGAUGCUUUGAAUUUACAUCCACUGGAAGAGAGGUUGAUAUCUCAACGCAUACCAUUUAUGCAAAUUAGAGAAUUACCCAGAGGAGGUCAAAUGUCAGUGAAAGGAAAUGUUGUUAAUGUUCCGGUUGAUAUUCAGCCUACAGUAAAUGCCCUUCCCAGACAAAUAGAUGAGCAUGUGACUAUAGCUGUCAAAUUAAAGAAGAGAUUAUCUCACAAAUCGGCCUGCUUUACAGAAAAUGUUCGUCCGAAUGUGGUUAUAAAUGCUUUACAGUGGCUUAUGAAAAAUAGUGAAUUAUAUAAAAAUUCUGGUAUAGUGAUAGACCAUUCUUGGAGGGAUGAUAUAGAGAAAAGUAAUGAGGAAACAGUGCAAGAACUGAUAGGUAGUUCAAAUGAUAGCGAUGAUCGCGAAUCUGAAGGAAAUGAUGAUGGAUUUUGUGAAGUUUCUUCAGAUGAUUGUAUUCAAGGCAAUUCUGAUACACUUGUUGAUGAAGCAGACAUUGAUACAAAUAAACUCUAUGUGUUUGCCCCUGGAGAAAACCAAAAACCAAUAAGUCUAUUUACAGAUAAAGAUGCAGAAUAUCUGUGUUUUCCAACAAUAUUUUGUGGUCAUCGCAGAGUUGAAAGUGAGGAAAGAGAAGUUCCAGUACACUACAGUGAUAUUGCAAAAUGGGAGUUGCGCAGUGUUGAUAGACGAGCAGCACAAUCUGUACCUAACAUCUUUUUUAAAUUGAAGAAAAUUCAAAUUAAGCAAGUUAGUGACAAAGUUAACUUGGCACUGAGAAGAUGUAAAUCAGAUGGUAAGAAAAUCACUGCAGAACAAGUUUUAAAUCCAGCCUCUGCGGAAAAAAUUGUGAGACUGAAUGAAGGGUAUUAUAUAUUCAGAACACUUCGAAAUUCUCCUGCUUAUCUCUCAUCUAAAAAGAAAGAUGUAUUUGCCAUGAUAAGGCAGUUGGGUCUUCCAACCUGGUUUAUUUCUCUCUCAUCAGCUGAUACCAGAUGGCAAGAUCUGCUUAAAACAUUGGCAACACUAGAUGGAAAAACCCUGUCACAAGAAGAAUUAGAGAAUUUGAAUUGGAGUGAAAAAUCAAAACUAGUGCAACAAGAUCCAGUGACAUGUGCUAGAUUCUUUGACAACAGAGUUCAACUUUUCAUCAAUACUGUGCUUAAAAGUCCUCAUAAUCCUCUGGGUGUUGUCACUGAUGUGUUUCGAAGGGUAGAAUUUCAAAACCGAGGUUCGCCACACAUUCAUAUGCUGGUAUGGACAAGUGAUGCUCCAAAGCACAAAGAAAAUAGCAAUGAGGAAAUUGAACUUUAUGUAGAUAAGUAUGUCACAUGUGGUUCGCAGGAAAAUGAUUCUCAAAUGAAGCAGCUUGUAGAUCUUCAAGUACAUAAGCACUCAAAAACUUGCAAAAAAGGUGGUAGAUCUGUAUGCAGAUUUGGAUUUCCAUUGCCACCUUUGCCCAAAACCAUGCUUCUUGAACCCUUGGAUUUUGAUGUUGACCAUUAUAGAAAGAUAUAUUCUGAUAUUCAGAAGAAAAUGAAUGAUUUCAAAGAUGGUUGUAGUUUAGACUAUGAGUCAUUCUUACAGACUGUAGUAGAAAUGUGUGAGGAUGAGUAUAUAAAAUGUAUUCGAGCUUCCUUGAAAGGUCCUAAAGUGUUUCUGAAGAGAAGUCCGUCUGAGAUGAGAGUGAAUUACUAUAACUCAUCAGUGUUGAAGGCUUGGAAUGCUAACUUAGAUAUUCAGUUUGUACUUGAUCCUUAUGCAUGUGCCACAUAUAUUGUUGCUUAUAUCAGCAAAUCUCAGAGAGGAAUCAGUGCAAUGCUUGAUAAGGCAUCUCAAGAAGCUGCAGAAGGAAAUAUGGAUCUUAAGCGACAAGUCCGACAUAUUGGAAACAAGUUCUUAAACUUUGUUGAGGUCAGUGCACAAGAGGCAAGUUACUUAAUUCUUCAGAUGCCACUUACACAAGCAAGUAGAGAGGUUGUUUUUAUCAAUACCUCACCACCUGAAGACCGAGUUUUCUUACUGAAACAUCAAGAUGAAUUGAACGAGUUACCCAAGGAUUCAACUGAUAUUAAGGCAGAUAGUAUGAUACAAAGAUAUGCAAGAAGACCAAAACUGCUAGAAAAUUGGUGUUUAGCUGAUGUUGUUUCUGAAUUGGAAGUGACUUUCCCAAAAGAAAUCAGAAAAGAUAUACAAGAGGAAGUGAAUGAUGAUAACCCAGAAGAUAAUUCUCAAGAAACUUUUACUGAUCAGGAUGUGUUAGUUCAUUUGAAAAAUGGGAUUAAGAUCAGAAGACGAAAAAACAAACGGGUUAUAAGAUAUGUAGGCUACAGCCAAAAAACAAAUUCUGAACAGUAUUACAGAGAAAGAAUUCUUCUCUUUCUGCCAUGGAGAAAUGAGAAUGCUGACCUACUUGGUAGUCAUCAAACUUAUGAACAGCACUACAGGGAAAAAGCAUGUAUGAUACAAGUGAAACAAAAGCAGUAUGAGCAUUUUGUAGAUGAAUUGGAACAAGCUCGACUUCAGGCAGAAGAAGAUCUUGAUGAUCUGGAGACAGUAGCACCAAACACAGAACAUGCUGAGGCAGAAGAUGCAGAGAUAGGUUCUGAACCAUCCGAGAUAUUUGUUCAUUUUGAUCCUGAUACAGUUCAACACAGAGAUUUUGAUAUUGGGCCGGAACUUGGCUUGUCCUCAAAAGUAUCUGAAACAGAAAUGAGUGCUGUCCGCAUUCCUGAUCAGCAGUAUUAUAAACUUUUGCAAUCCCUGAAUACUAAGCAGAGGGAAUUUUACUAUCAUGUAACAAACUGGAUUCAAAUGGGAGAUGAACCAUUAUAUGCUUUUCUUACUGGUGGAGCAGGUGCUGGAAAAUCAGUGGUUAUUGAUGCCAUUUUUCAAACAUUACACAGAAUAUUGUAUUCAAAAGAAGGUGAAAACCCUGAUGAUAUCAGAAUAUUACUUUGUGCUCACACUGGCAAAGCAGCAUACAACAUCAAAGGGACUACUAUAGCAUCAGCAUUUCACAGAAAAAUGUAUCAAACUCAGCAACACAUGAGUGCAGAUGAACUGAACUCAUUUAGGACAAAAUACCGGAAUUUGUCAGUCGUGAUAAUAGAUGAAAUUUCAAUGGUAGGAAAUAACAUGCUGACAUUUAUAAAUGAUAGACUUCAACAACUUACUGGUAGAAAACAAGAUUUUGGUGGUAUUAGCAUCAUAGCUGUAGGUGAUUUGUAUCAGUUACCACCUGUUGGAGACAAGUGGAUUUUCAAAGAUCUUUCUAAUCCUGGUCAGAGUUUAGCAAAGAAUUUGUGGCAUGAGCAUUUUCAUAUGCAUGAACUCACUGAAAUUAUGAGACAAAAAGAUGACCUCAGAUUUGCAGAAAUGUUAAAUAGGCUACGUGAAAACAAGAUGACAGAUGAAGACAAAGAACUCAUAUCUCAACGAAUCAUCAAGCAAGACUCUGAAGUCUAUCCUAAGGAGGCACCUCAUCUGUUUAUUGAGAACAAGUUUGUAGAUUGUUUUAAUAACAAUCUUAUGGAAAACCUUUCAACAAAUAAAGUAAAUGUAAGAGCAGACACAGAUGUGUUAUCCCAGACAAAACUUUCAGCAUCAGUGAAAUUGAAACUAGUUCAAAACUUGCCUGAAAACCCAGCAUCUACUGGACAAUUAAGAACUAAUUUGGUUAUUGCUGUAGAUAUGCUCUAUGACAUAUCAGUAAAUCUUGCUGUUACAGAUGGAUUGACAAAUGGUGCUUCCUGUGUUGUGAAAUAUAUUGAAUAUAAAGAGUCGCAAUUAAGACCUGCCAUAGUAUGGGUACUGUUUGCUGACUCAAGUAUAGGUAUUUCGCGAAGACAUCAAUAUAGACAUUUGUAUAGCACAAAUGUGAAUACUGCAUGGACUCCGGUAUUUGAAGCUAAAAGAACAUUUGUUUAUAACAGGAAGACAUAUGAGAGAGUUCAGUUUCCCCUGCAACCUUCUGCUGGAAAAACAAUACACAAAGCACAAGGAGCAACUCUUUCGAAGGCAGUAAUCAGCUUAGCACAGACAAAGCAGCGCAAAAUUCCUCAUAUACAUUAUGUUGCACUCUCAAGAGUAAGGUCACUUGAUAGUCUGUUCAUUCUGGAUUUCAAUGAAAAAAGUCUCUCAAAAGAUGAUACUGUUGAUAAAGAGAUGGAAAGAUUGCGAGAAAAUAGAUUGCAACUCUCUUACACACCACUUUACUCCGUAUGUAAAGACAUAAAAUUCUUGUUCAACAAUGCCAGAUCUCUUCACAAACACUUCCUUGAUAUAAAGUCAGAACCAAGUGUUUUAGCUGCAGAUGUUAUUGGUAUUGCUGAAUCUUGGCUUUGGGAAUUAGAUUCUGAUGAAGACUUUACUUUAGAAGGUUUUACAAUGUUCAGGAAUGAUGCAAUUAAGUUCUUCCCAGAACAGACCACAUCAUG